GUUAUUUACGACUUGGCGAGAGAAAAAAUCUCAACAAAGUGUGACGAGACUUUUUCCAUGAUUUUGCAGAAGAAGACGACAAAUACCAUGAAUAUACAGACAUACAUCAGCCUUAUCCUAUGGCUUUGUACAGCCGUGUACUUAAUCGUAACCUCGACAUACGUGCAAAAGACAAACCAAAUCACAGCGCAGGAUUCGAAGCAGAAGACGACGACAACCACGACAAACCUCGAGAGAACACGACGAAGUGUUUGUUCGUGCGCAGCUUGUAAUGGCGGAAGACGAACCAUGGCGAGUAGAAUACCAUUUGGGGCAGCACGCAAGGUAAUGAACUUUCUGAAGCUGGCCAGCCAAGGAAUCAAGUUUACAUAUCGAAGAAAAGGGUUGAUGUACUGUAAGAAUGGCUACAUCUUGAAGAUAAUGAAAGAUGGUGUGGUAGGAGGUACAACACAGUACACCGAUGGAUUGUCUAAUAUCGAAUUCCAGUCCGUGGGAAUAAGUUUGUUGGUAAUCAAAGGUGUGACAUCGCAACGGUUCUUAGCAAUCAACGAACAAGGAGAUCUAUACACCACGCAAAUCUACAACAAAGACUGUGUAUUCGAGGAGAAACAAGAGGAGAACUUCUAUCACUCCUUCGUGUCCCAUCGCUAUAAAAACAAGGGCUGGUUCGUUGCCUUACGAAGAAACGGUCAAAUCAAGAAGACAACAGUGUUGCAAAAAGCAACUCAAUUCCUUAUCUUGUUUUCUUCAUAAUCAAACUUUGCUUAGGCUUGAGAAGUUAGUGGUGAUCUUGUGAACAACCUUGGCAACGCCAGGCAAACGACGCUCGCUGAAACAAGAUUCUGGACGAUUAUUAACUACGCAUGCACCAAUGCCAUGGUAACAAUGAGUUAUAAAUGACGAAAUGUCGACAAUAGAUAAUGGAUACAAUACAGCCGACGAUAUUCAAUCGUAAAACAGAUUAUGAAACUGCAAGAAAUUUCUCGUUUAGACACAUGUAAAUGAACCAAGUACAUAUGCACCAUGACAACGGUAAAGGCAUGCAUUACC